AUGCAGGCGGGUGGCGGGUGGUUUGUGCCAUGGAUGGGUGUGCAGAAGUUUGCAGUGGCACUACCCAUGGGGGGUGUAGUGCCAUUAGUGCCACCACUACUGGCCGCCUUGCCACCUGCCCCGCCACCGCUCAGGCUCAUACCUCCCCUGCCUCAUCAACAAACUGGGAGAAAGGGUGAAAAAGAUAACGGGAAGAACUGCAUACUGUCUUGCGAGAAAAGGAAAGCCGACGACUCUGAUAUUAACAAAGACUUAAAGAAGGCAAAGCUAGAAACAAAGGCGUUGAAGGCGAAAAGGCCAGGAUUCACAGACGACAGAUACAACGAAACAUCUUACUAUAUUGAAAAUGGCCUCAGGAAAGUUUACCCUUAUUAUUUCACAUUUACAACAUUCACCAAAGGAAGAUGGGUCGGUGAGAAGAUACUCGAUGUCUUCGCAAGAGAGUUCAGAGCACAUCCAGCCGCUGAGUACGAACGGUGUAUCCGAGCUGGUACCCUAACAGUCAACUAUGAGAGAGUCGAUCCCGACUAUCGACUCAAACACAACGACCUACUCGCGAACGUCGUCCAUAGGCACGAAGUACCGGUGACCAGUCAACCGAUCACCCUCGUUCAUAUCGACGAGGAUAUUGUCGUUGUCAACAAACCAGCCUCUAUUCCCGUUCAUCCAUGCGGUCGAUACCGCCACAACACUGUUGUGUUCAUACUCGCUAAAGAAUAUAACCUCAAAAAUCUCAGGACCAUACACAGACUGGAUAGGCUAACAUCAGGUCUCUUAUUAUUCGGGAGGAGUCCAAAGAAGGCUAGGCAAAUGGAACAUCAGAUAAGAAAUCGACAGGUGCAAAAGGAAUACGUCUGUCGAGUCGACGGCGAGUUCCCCGAUGAAGAAAUCGAGUGUCAAGAACCAAUUGAAGUCGUAAGCUACAAGAUAGGUGUUUGUAAAGUAUCUCCUAAAGGGAAAGAUUGUUCCACGGUGUUCAAACGUCUGGGAUUCAAUGCUAAAGCAAACACUAGUGUUGUUCUUUGCCGACCUAAGACAGGAAGAAUGCAUCAAAUUAGAGUGCACCUGCAAUAUCUAGGUUAUCCAGUGGUAAAUGAUCCACUGUACAACCAUCCAGUAUUUGGGCCGUUGCGCGGUAAAGGAGGAGAUACAGGUGGGAAGACAGACGAACAGCUCGUAAGGGAUCUGAUUGCUAUACACAAUGCUGAAAAUUGGCUCGGAGUGGACGCGGCUGAUGAUGACCUUCUUUUCUCCAAACCUGCAUCAGAUGAUAAAGUCGGUGAAGACGAGUGCGACACGGGCCCGGCGUCGCGCGAGUCGUCGCCGCGGCUGGAGUCGCCCGCGCCGGGACUCACGCCGGCCACCGUCAUGACUCCGACAUUAGCGAGUCCUUCCAGCGGUGAAGAGGCACCCAUGGAAGUGCGUUCCCCCGCACCACCCUCGCCUAUGAUCAACGAAGACUCUAAUGAUGCUAAGUCAGAUAAAGUGACAGUCGCAACCCAGACCGGUUGCACGCCGGCCGCGCAACCGCCGGGAACCUCAACCGUUACCAUGGCAACCACGGCCAACUCAACCGUUACUGUGACAACCACGAACGCAGCCGGCGACGCGCUCACCCCCGACCCGCACUGCUACGAGUGCCGCGUGAGGUACCGCGACCCGCGCCCACGCGACCUGGUUAUGUAUCUACACGCCUGGAAGUAUAAGGGUCCCGGCUGGGAAUACGAGACGGAGCUUCCACAAUGGGCAAGCAUCGACUGGGAAGAGCCGGAAUGCUCA